ACAGAUAAACAUCGCCGAUGUUUUAUCAAUAUGUUUAUAUACCGUUCUACAGAAAAAGUAAUUCCGUGGUAAUCUGAUCUCUACAGUGCAUUACUGAACAGCCGUAGAUAAAGGUUAUAGGCAUAUUAAACCUGUUGCAGUGCCAACGCGUGUAUACAUACUGUGCUAAUAUAUACGUUAAUUAUUUCAAGGUUUGCGAUUUAUGAGAUCUAAUUAUUGGUAAUAAGAAGGACAUACGAAAGUGAUUUUUUUCGGAAUCAUUUCGAGUGUGAAGUUGAGUUUGACCCGCUGUUUUUCGUGACCUCUUAGGAUUUUUUAUUGGAAUUUAGUAAUUUUAUAAUAUAGUGUUCUGAAUGGGAUGUAAUUAUUGUUUCCAGAGCUUUAUUUUGUGUGUGUAAUUUUUGUUGACAUGGCAGACGUUGAAGAACCAAAAGAUAGUCGUUUUGAUGACGUUGACCUUGAGAGUAUUUUAGCAAGGGUAGAAAGACGAGGACCUUUGACCUUUACGAGGAAGCGAUGCUUAUAUCGAGCUCCUGAAUUUGUCAAAAAAUUACCAAAAGAGGAAACAGUCGAGGAAGGAUCAACAGUAAAGUUUGAAUGUAAAGCAGUUGGCUUUCCUAAACCUACGUUAAACUGGACUAAAGAUUUAGAAAUAUUACCAGAUAAUCCAAGAAUUACAUUCCAAUAUGGAGAAUUAGGUGAGGCAUCUAUAGAGAUACAGAAGAUUAAAAAAUCCGAAGAAGGUAGUUACCGAUGUAAAGCGGAAAAUGCCGAAGGUUCAGCCUCGUCUUCAAUAUAUAUCUCGAUCAAAGCAAAACCUAACUCACCUAAGAGGUCACAAGAGCGGGUCACUUUCAAAUCAACCUUUAACCCUAUCCCAGAGAGGAUAGACGAGGAGGAAAGAGAGGCAGAGGAAAUUAGAAAACAACCAAAGUCACCACUCACAUAUUUAUAUGAUGGGGUCACCAUCAAGGCACAAUCAUGGCCAGAUUUUCUUGGCAACUGGGCUUUCCUAGCAUCGGAUACCAGCAAUAUUUACGACAACAUGGACUACAUCGACGAUGAAGACGUAUUUUUACCAGGAUUGGUAGAAAAUUCAGACAACGAUAUUUACAAUUGCGGCAUUGAAAUGGAUUCUGACAAGGAAAAUGUUUUCGGAAAUGACCUUAAAAAUUCCCCAAUUCCGAAUCUAGUUUUCGAAAAUAAAAAUUUGACAAACAUGAAAGCAGAUAAAAAUUUGAACAGUUCUAUUAAAUUGUGUGAAGGAUUAGUCAAAGAUGAAAAUGCAAAUCAUCGGUUAUUGGUCGUCUGCAAGUCCAGCGAUCAACACUCGAACGAUAAUCAAAGGAACAUAGGUACCAACUCAGAAUUAGGUUUUCCUGAUAAUGGUCAUGCGCCAAAGUUAAAAUCCUCUGUCGAACUUACAGAGAUUUCAAAAAAUAAUAAACAGACGAACUCAGAUUUAUCAAAAGGAAGUACAAAAGGACGAGAAGCAGAGAAAACUGAGCCGAUUAACGGUAAUCAAAAUCAUUCCAAGAGCAUUUCAAAUAAGUCCAAAAGCGCAUGCUCGUCAGCACGUGACACAAUGUCGUCGUCUGUAUCGUCGUCUCAAAAACGUCCACUAAUGUCGAAACAAGCAUCAUCACCUCAGAGGCCUUUAUCAGUAACGAAAAAUGUGUUAAUCAACAAUUCAACAAAUAAUAGUGAACAUGUGUACACUUUAAAUUUAAUGUUGUUUUGUUUACUUAUUUCCGGUAUAACAUUUGCAGGAUUAUGCGCAGAUGUUGCUCCUUUGAACUUUGUAAUUUUAAUUUUUGCUGGACAGCUAAUUUAUAUGUUGGUGAAAUACCUUUGUAACUACUCGUAAUUUUACACAAAUUCGUUAUGUAAAGGUAAGAGUUACAAUUUGAAGGUAUUUGUUUUUCGUAUGCUAUACGUGCUACACAAAGGCAUCUCUCAAACCAAAACUACAACAAGUAUAAAAAUACCAUUGAAAUGGAUUUAUAAUCGUUAUACUAGUAAGUAGAUAAACUCAUUGUAUACGUGGGAGUUUCUAUUGUUUAUUGUCGCGAGACUCGAUAGAAUAUUCAUCAUUUAAUUUGAAAACUCAUCCAGUGUUUUCGUAAAGAAAGUUUGUCGAACAGGUAUUGUACUUUCAAUUGUAUUUUAAAACGCUGUGCAGCAAAGUAAGUCAAAGGUCGAUAUGUAAUUGCCUUUUAAACAUAUUGGGGUUAGGAACAUUUCUGUUGAAGCACACCGUAAUCGUGAUAAAAAAAAAUGUUGAAAGUUUUAAAAAAAAAUGAGGUGUUUACAGUUUUGUGUGUAAUAUUUCGUGUAGAGAUAUUUUUAUACAUGUGACAGCAUUAUUUUCAUAGCAAAACUAUAACUAAUAGGUGUUCAUCAGGUUGAAUGAUAAAAAUAAAUUAUCCAAAUGCGUU